UCUCCCCAUGGCGAGCUGCUUCCGCGGCCCCCUCCCGGGGCGCCACUCGCUGCCGCUGGUGCUGCUGCUGCUUCGCGUCUCCCUCGCGCAGGAAAGGGCGGUGGCCACGUCCCUGCUGAGCGGCUAUUUCGGGACCAAGUCCCGGUACGAGGAGGUGAAUCAGCACCUGCUGCAGGACCCGCUCUCCCUAGGGCCCCCGGAGCCGGGGUACCUGCUGCCUUCCGCGGCCUGCGCCCCGCUGCAGCUCCGCGCCCUCAUCCGCCACGGCACACGCUUCCCCACCGAGAAGCAGAUCCGCAAGUUGGGCCAGCUGCACCGUCUGCUCCGCAGCCAGGAGCCGCCCUGCGCCGCCGCGCAGCAGUUCGCCCACUGGGACAUGUGGUACCAGCCAGACAUGGACGGGAAGCUGGCGCCCAAGGGCCGCCUCGACAUGGAGCAGCUGGCCCAGCGUCUGGCCGCCCGCUUCCCGGGCCUCUUCUCCCCGCAGCGCCGCUUCGCCUUGGCUAGCAGCUCCAAGCACCGGUGCGUGGAGAGCAGCGCCGCCUUCCGCAAGGGGCUGCAGCUGGCCCUGCACCGACAGCCCCCGGGCAGAGAUAUCGAGAAUGAGGAGACUGAGAUUAAUGACAAAUUAAUGAGGUUCUUUGAUCAUUGUGAGAAGUUUAUAACCUGUGUAGAAGAGAAUGCUACAGCUAUGUACGAAGUGGAGGCCUUCAAACAGGGUCCUGAGAUGAAAAGGGUUUUGGAAAAAAUUGCGGCUACCUUGUGUAUACCUGUGCGUGAUUUAAAUGCAGAUUUGGUCCAAGUUGCUUUUUUUACCUGUUCAUUCGAGUUAGCUGUUAAAAAUGUGAAUUCUCCCUGGUGCUUACUCUUCAAUGAAGAGGAUGCUAAGGUACUGGAAUACCUGAAUGACCUAAAGCAGUACUGGAAAAGAGGAUAUGGGUAUGAUAUCAACAGUCGUUCCAGCUGUAUUUUAUUUCAAGAUAUCUUCAAACACUUGGACAAAGCCAUUGCAGAGAGUAAAAGUUCCAUGCCCAUUUCUUCACCUGUAAUCCUGCAGUUUGGACAUGCAGAGACCCUUCAGCCACUGCUUGCUCUAAUGGGAUUCUUCAAGGAUGAGGAGCCCCUUACUGCUAACAAUUACAAAAAACAAAUGCAUCGGAAGUUUCGUAGUGGUCGCAUUGUGCCUUAUGCCUCAAACCUGAUAUUUGUGCUUUAUCACUGUGACCAAGCUAAGACCCCUGAGGAGGAGUACCAAGUACAGAUACUGUUGAAUGAAAAGCUGCUGCCAUUUCCUCACUCGGAGGAAACUGUCUCUUUGUACACAGAUCUGAAGAACUAUUAUAAGGACAUCCUUCAAAACUGCCACUUCAGUGAAGAAUGCGAAUUAUCAAAAACUAAUAAUACUUCCACUGAUGAACUUUGAGGGAGAAGAAUAGAGAAAAUAUCAUGGAAAUUGAUUUCUGGUAUGCAGUUUGGUAUGUGUAGUGAACAAGGGUUUCUUAUCAGUGUUGGUUUUUUAUUUCCUGCUCAUAUAUUCACAUUCUUAUCUUACAUCUCCAAACUAAUAAGUGCUUAUUCCUAUGUCUUAAUUCAGGGAUUUCUUAAAAGUCUAAGUAUAUAUUGUCUCUAUUGCAUGAGCACAAUUUUGAAAAUAAUUUAUUUAAUUAACCUGGCUGUUGGGAUAAGCAUUCAUUACAAAUAUGAAGAUGCAAGGUAAAGUAUAUUUAUACAUUUAUAUGCAUUAAUAUAUAAUUAUUUAUAUUAUUCCUGGUGUUUGAACUUGCAUAGUAGAUAGGUUUAGAGGGCCAGGGCACUUUAGCUUACCAGAAUGGCACUUAGUGGAACUGAUGGCAUUUCCCUCUCAUCUGUCUCCCUCACUCUAUCCUUCCUUCUGUUUCUUAGUGUUUCUCUGAUGUCACAGGCAUAAACUGACCCUCUCUUAUUUGCUUAUUUUUACAGCUAGAUGUUGGCUGCCAUUCCAGGGUUCAAGAAAGAAAGGGCGCAUAGUGCUUUCUCCCCAGCCACUGUCUAGGCAGGAGUCAGCCAUGAUUCUAAUUCCUGCACUCUUCUGAGCAUAGCAGCUUCCUUGGAUAGUGCCCCCAUGGGUAUUAUCCACCCAAAAAGAUGCAGGGGUUGAAUUUCCAUGGCAUAAAGCCUUCUUCAGCCUACCUGCCAGAGCUAAUUGGUCACUGAGGGAAAGUGUCCUGAAUUUUCUGAAGCUGUGCAGCGGCCAUUGCUCUGGAAGAUGUACCAAUCCUCUGCCAGCCUUAUAGAUCUCCUUCAAUUUCAUACUGUUUUUGUUUAACAGUUCAGGUUAAGGCAUGCAAAUAUUGCAUGUUUGGCCCCAUUCAGGCUGGAUUUCCUCAUCCUCUGACAAGUGGUGGUGACAUUAUAGUCUCAUAACUAUCUGGCAGAGAUUUUUACUGUUGUUCUGGAACCAAAUGCUAUCAGUGUUAGCCAAACGCUUGGGCUUUUUGGGGUAUGUCUACUUUGCAAUUGGGAGUGUCCUUUCCUGCUCGAGUCGACAGACGUACGCUAGUUCCACUUGAGCUAGCAUGCUAAACAGCAGUGUAGCCAGGAAUAGCUUGGGUGGCAGCUCGGGCUAACCACCUGAGUACUAACCCAGUGGACAUCCUGGGUUCAUACACGUUUGGCUAGGCCAAGCUACCACCUGUGCUGCCACCAGCUACACUGAUGUUUUUUUCCGUGCAGCUCGAAGUCUCUGUACCUGAGCUGGGAAGCA